AUGUAAAAGAAAGAGAAGCAAAGUGGGUCCGGAGGCACCAAGUGGACACGGUGAAUCUUUGCCUUUUUCGUCCCCAAAGGCCAAAACAAGCGCCUACCUUCUCUCCUCUCUAUCUCUCUCCAUCCAAGCCCAGUUGCACCAAAUCAAGGGUCUUCUCACAAGUAGAGGACCCUUCUGGUUCAUUGGUGUUGAAGAUUUCUUGGGUGCAAGGUUUGUUGUAUAUCUCACACCAUGCCAGCUAUACAGAAGCUCUAUAAUGUCUGUAAAACAUCUCUGUCUACCGAUGGGCCAAUAUCAGAAGAUGCUGUCCGAAAAGUUCGCGCCAUGCUAGAAAAAAUCAAGCCUGCUGAUGUUGGGCUCGAACAAGAGGCGCAAUUAGUUCGAGGAUUAAAAGGCUCCAUGAAUGGACCAAGCCGGUGGGAUGGCUCACUACCACCAAUCCGGUAUAUUCAUAUAUACGAGUGUGACAGUUUCAGUCUGGGAAUAUUUUGCAUGCCACCUUCCUCUGUCAUCCCACUCCAUAAUCAUCCUGGAAUGACUGUGCUAAGCAAGCUAUUAUAUGGUUCACUACAUGUUAAAUCAUAUGAUUGGCUUGACUUGCCGGGAAUUUCUGAUCAAUUACAAGCAGAGAAACCUGCAAAGCUUGUCAAAGAUUGUCAAAUGAUUGCACCUUGUGGAACAACAGUUCUUUAUCCAACUGCUGGUGGUAACAUACAUUGCUUCAGAGCAUUAACUCCUUGCGCUAUCUUUGACAUUCAGUCUCCACCUUACUCAUCUGAUGAUGGUCGGGAUUGCACUUAUUUUCGCAGGUCUCCAAGAGGGGAUCUCCCAGUUAAUCUUGAAGUGGAUGGAGCGGUCGUCUAUGAUGCGACUUGGUUGGAAGAGUUUCAACCCCCUGAUGAGUUCGUGGUUCAUAAAGUGCAGUACAAAGGCCGUGCUAUUAAACCAUAAUGAUUAUUUCAAACAUCUGGUGCAUGUGAAAGAAGUCUAAAAUAGAGUAGCUUAGACAUGAAGUAGUAUUGGGGUUCACAAAUUGAAAGUAUAUUAUUUCUCCUGGAGGUGUAACUGAGACAUUUAAGUCAUACAUAUUGAUACAUUUUGACAAUUUGGAUCUCUGAUACACAAACCAGUGACACUGCUGAAGCAAGUUAAACACUGAAUAGUGUCUUAAAAAGUCAUUUUAAGCUCAAUUUUGGGUGUUUUAGUGA